AUCGGCUUCUCCGAUUGGUGCAUGAAAUACCGCUGACCAAUCAGCACAGAGGUUGUUAAAGUUGAAAAUUGACGCUUGGUAUUUCGGUUUAAAAAAAGAUGUCGCUUCAUCGGAGUAUCGGCAGUGUGGAGUACAUGAAAAAAAGGAUCCCGCAAAACGCCAAGUAUCAACAUGUCAAAACAAGGCUGGACACAGGAUACAGCCUUACGAAGUAUAUGGAAAAACUGGAGGAGAUUAAAAAAUAUUACAGGUAUCGAAAAGAUGAAAUCUUCAAACGACUAAAGGUGACAACGUUUGCGCAAUUGCUACUUCAGGUAGCCUCCGUAUCAGACCUGAAUGACAGUGAGAAUUAUGGCGAAUCACUUGUCCCAGAAGACGGCCUGUCAGUGAUGUCUGACGCUGACCUGGAGAGUCUGUCUGAUCACACCAGCGGCUCCCCGCAGGCGUCAGACCGUCAGGAUGCCAGUGGAUGCUACACCGCCCGGUCAACACUGUUAAGUGUUAUCAGCGGUGUGGGGGAGCUGAACCUCGACAGGAACAAUCAGAAGACGGCGGAUAUGUCGGUGUCCAGCCCAGCGUUGGCUGACAGGCCCUACCCCGACUGCCCCUACCUGCUGCUGGACGUACGGGACCGUGAGCAGUACGACCGCUGCCACAUCAUCAGCGCGCACAGUUUCCCCAUCGCCAUGCUGUCUCGAACCAUGAACCCAUACACCAAGGAAGUGCUGGAAUACAAAAACGCAGCAGGUAAGAUCAUCAUCGUGUAUGAUGAGGAUGAGAGAAUAGCCAGCCAGGCGGCCACCACCAUGUGCGAACGAGGCUUUGAAAAUCUCUUCAUGUUGUCUGGAGGUCUCAAGCUAAUCGCUCAGAAAUUUCCAGAAGGAAUGACGACAGGCUCCAUCCCGACCUCGUGCCUGUCAUCUCCUACAUCAACGAAGGAGAAGAAGUUCUCUGUGCAGCAGCAGCAGCCAUCGCAGGCAGCGGAGAAAAGAUGGCGGUUCACAUCAGACGAGCUGGCCAAGAUCCAGGAGCAGCUGGAUGAGAUGCUCAUCCCCAGCAACCCCAACAGCCGCAUGUCCAGCCGGAUGUCGAGCAGCAGCACCCAGUCUAAAACGUCCAGCGCCCGCAGUCGACAGAGUUCCUCGACAUCCGGGAGAGACAGCAGCAGGGUUCAGAGCAGUAGACCCUGGAAAUAACCCCGCCCCUCUCUCACCCACAUACAGUAGACAAACAAACAUACCUCCAACACAAAGUCCAUUUAUUUCAGAUUACAUUCCUCCCUCCCAUCAUUCCUUAACUGUAAAGAAACACACUUCUGGUCUCAGUCUGCAAAGUAAUCUUCCACAAUACUGCUGUAUAGUCAGAGGUGGACAGGACCAAAACCGUAACUUUCUUCUUUUUUUUUACAGCAGCUUGGAUGCAUAGAGUGAUUUUCUAUUUUUUCAUUCAUUUUUUUCUCUCAUGUGUUCGUGAAGUGACGCAAAAUUGAGAUCGCUGUUUAAAUAUUUGUCUUUCCUCAUCAGUUAUCAUCAUCUAACUGUUCUAACCGUCUGAUGCAGAAGAUUCUGGCGCCAUCUGACAUGUUUUGCUCUAAAAUUCCUAAAUUGUGAUCAUUUCCGUUCGCUUCCGCACAGUUUUGCGCAAUUAAUUGCUGCUGUAUUUAGAGUAGAGAUCAGUUGCACUCUGACCACCUCUGACAAAACUGAAAUGAUUAAUCUCUGCUUUGUCUCUGCUUGUAAAUAGAAAUUCCUGUUGAGGACAGAGUUCCUACACAGGUUAAGUGAAAAAAACUAUCUUAUGUUUUUUUCAAUUUUGGAAUUUAUGCAAAUCCUAGGAAAUUAAAUAACACUGCAAAACGUAUGUUCUUCUAGAUUGAGGGAUAAUCUUAGUGAUAUGGUCUACUUGAAGUUCUCACCCAGCUGUGAACAGCUACUUACUACAACAAACAAAAUAUUUAAUCUCAGAUUAAUACCAUGACAUUUGGAUAAAAGUAUGAAAUUUUCAAAUUGAAAAUGUUGGACUUUUGCAAACAGUUCAGCGUCAUCAGCGAGCAGUUUAACAUUUCAGUCUUCAUCUUCACAAAUCUUACGUCAGACUGUAGUAUUUUCCCCUUCCUGUGUUUUUUUUUUCUUAAUAUAUUUAAUAAAUGGCGUGUAUACGUUUGCACAGUGCCUCAUCUGUGAACCUUCGAGCUGACGAAUCCUUUUGCACUCAAAUUAAGAUUUCAUGUAACACUAAUCUCAUCGAUUUUUCAUCACUUGUGUCUGAGGAUGAUCUGAUCUGUUCAAAUCAUGUUUUUUUUUUUUUUUUUGUUUGUUUCUAUUUUAAGGUUAUUAACUCCAGAAAGGUCAAGUUCAACUCGAUCAGUAUGACAUACACCACAUAAAUGGCCUUCCUUAAAGAUGUUGAUUGUUGGAGACAGAAAACUGAAUGUUAAUGAUGUGAAGGAUACGCCGGGAAUCUCUGUAAUACAGUAGAUGUAUGUAUGUACACAUAAUGUUACAGACUUUUAUCCACUUUGUGAAAACAAGAAGAGUUUUGCUGUAUUUUUGUAAAGUGCUUCAUCCUGUCAUGAUGUCUUAUUGUGAUUCCUAAACAGAGGGGUGCAACUGCUGCCUUUAUGUGCUAUUUUUACAUCCUUUAUACUCGCACUUGACUGAUUUUGUGUGUGUGUGCACUGUAUGGAUCAAGGUACUGUAAGUUUUGAUCACGCAAACUGAUUAGUUGAGGCCUUCACAUAGACACACGUGCUUAUCACAAAUACAUAAAGGAUGGAAGGAAAUGGGCAUUUUGUCACAGAUGUUACAAAAUCACAAUUUCCAAAUGUGAAAAACAGUAUUGCUAAUUUCUUACGUGUGGCCCUUGUGUGGUUCGUUGGUAUGGGACUUCUUGCACGGUGCACUUACAUAGUCUUAUGAAGUGCAUUUAAUGAAGUACGGAGCCCUUUUUUUCAUGAUUCUGUGUUUUCACCAUCAGUCUUAACUGACAUUAACCAGCUGAUCACAUGAUUUGGUUUGUAAAUGAAUGUUAAAUAAAGUGUAAAAUUGUU